ACUCCACGUAAAUUGGGUUGAAAAGUAGCAUUAUAAAUAACACAUGAGGACUACUUCGGAGCAAAACAUUCUUCAAUGGCCUCUCUUUCUCUGACCAAAUGUUCUUUGUUCCUUUUACUCAUCACUUUAUCAGCUUCCUUCUUUUCUCCUUCAUCUGCUCAAACGAAAUGCAACAUUAGAUCUGUUUACCAACUGGGUGACUCCCUCGCUGACGCCGGUAAUGUCAUCCGUACGCCGGGCGCUUCCAUCAUCUUCCGCGCCGACCGUUCUCCUUAUGGCGAGACUUUCUUCAGAAGACCCACUGGCCGCUUCUCCAACGGCCGCGUCAUUACCGACUUUAUUUCUCAAUCUUUCAAACUCUCCUUCCUCAAUGCUUACUUAGACAGAGGCGCUUCUUUCACCCAAGGAGUUAAUUUCGCCGUUGCUGGUGCAACGGCCCUCGACACUUCCUUCUGGGCCGCUCGAAAUAUUCGGUUGCCCACAUGGAACACACCGUUGUCGAACCAACUAGGUUGGUUCAAAACCCAUCUCCAGUCCACCUGUGGGUCUAGAUGUGCAGAGACCCUCAGAAACUCUCUUGUUAUAAUGGGAGAAUGGGGAGGAAACGAUUACUACAAUUGUUUCUUCCAGAGAAAGCAGAUCCCAGAAGUAAGGACCUAUGUUCCUUUUGUUGUCGCUGGGAUUAUGAGAGGCAUCAAAGAUGUGAUUCAGCAGGGAGCCACGCGCGUGUUGGUUCCAAGUAUUUACCCUUUAGGAUGCCUCCCACUCUACCUGACAUCAUUCCCUGAUAAUAAUACAAGUGCUUACGACAAUUUGGGCUGCUUGAGAAACUUCAACGACUUUGCUGCCUAUCACAAUAGGUACUUGAACAGGGCUCUGGCGAAUCUGCAAAACCAGUUCCCAAAUGUUAGCAUUGUGUACGGGGAUUUCUACGGUGCCAUUUUGACUCUUAUCCGUAACCCUUCUUCCUAUGGAUUUAACCAGAACACUUUGCUUACUGCAUGUUGUGGAACUGGAGGGCGAUACAAUUUUAACUUUGGGACUGUAUGUGGAGCAGCUGGAAUCAAUCCUUGUUCGAAUCCAGCAAAAUAUGUCCACUGGGAUGGAAUUCAUUUGACAGACGAAGCUCAUCGUCGUAUUACCGACAUUCUUGUCAAAGACAUGUUGUCCAAAUUCCGAUGUGUUGUUUAAUAGGCUAAGAUUAUACAAAAAAAAAAAAUAAAAAAAAAAAUGUGUUGAAUAAUAGUUGGAUGCUUUUAACACUUUGUUUGGACGAUGGUUUCUAGGUAUGAUAUGGUAUACUUAUUAAGAGAACCACGUUUGUUUGGAUUAUUUUUUAAAAUAUAUAAUAUGAUAUGAUUUGAUUUCAUGGUUUGAUAA